AGAGAUGACAAUGUGAGUUUAAAUGCCUUGAUUUGAUUUAGCUUUGCAUAAAACAAAUUGAUUAUUUCUAACAUUUUUGUACGUUACCUGUUACUUGCUACUGUUACUGACAGAGUGGAGUUGGAAGGACGUGGCUGCACUGAAGUAUGGAUCAAAGCUGUUGUGGUUGAACAAAUUCUGAAAGUUCUAGGAGUAUAUUGUGGAAAUGUAUUGGAAUGCAUUAAUUUUGGACCGGUUUACUUUGGGUCUUCAAAGACUGAACAAAUAUGUUUAUACAAUAAAAGCCCAGAGUGUAUGGACUGGGUAGCAGUGCUGGAAGACAAUGGCAUUGGAGGAGAGAUGGGAACAGAUCUUCAGAGGAGUGCAGAUGCUGUUUUACAAGAUUUAAGCCUCAUAAAUAAAACAGAAGAUGUAAACGUUUCCACUUUGAUCCUGUGCUUUCCCAGUCAAGGAACCUUGCUACCUUAUGAGAAAUCUGUUCUUACAUUGUGCUUUAGUCCCAAGAGCGUCACUUUAAAAAGGCCUUUGGAGUGAAUGACCUGUCACCAAAACAAGAUUAUGUACUCUUUCUGAGAUUUGAGGCUGUUGGGAAUAAAGAUGGCUAUCGGAAGGCCUGCGGUGAUGGUACCACGCCAAUCACAAGUAUGUUACAGAAACAUAUAGUCGCUAUCAGAAAUGUAUAUCUGGACGAUAAGAUUGUAUGUCUUGAUUUUCUUAAUCUUCCAUUUAAUAGCUUUAUGGGAAACUUGUGUCUAUCUUAUUCAUUAAAUAUAAUAGUAAAUAUUUGGAAUGUAGAUUUUUUAAUUAAAAUAGAGUAGUUUCA